AUGCCACAUAAAAGAGCCAAAGCAAGUAUAAGAAAAGAAUUAUCAUUUCAAAAAGGAAAUGAUUUACCACCCAAUAAAUUAGGAACCAGACCACCUAAAAAGAAAUCAUCAAUUGGAACACCUACAUCAUCAACAAAUCAUGGAAUUAAAGAUAUGCCUAAGAAUAUGUAUAGGAUAUUAAAUUCAGAAAAGAUUAGAGAAGAGUAUAAAGCAAGAAUGAAAGAAAAAGAUCAAAAGUCUAAGGAUGAAUCAUCUAGAAAUGGGUUAUUGAAGAAAUCUAAAUCGGAUCAAUUAAGGAUCGAAAGUGGUGAAAGAUUAUCGGAUUUUAAUCAACGAGUAGAACAAAGCAUGAGACCAAAACUUUCAUCAGUAAUGAAACUAGCACGAAACAAAACCAUAACCAAAAAACCAAAAACCAAAUCAAAUCCAAACGAAUCAAAACCAACAGAAGAACCUAUCAUUCAUCAAACCACCAAAGAAUUCGAACCUAAACCUACAAAGUUUUCAUUAAAUGAUAUAGUAAUGGAACCACCCAUGAAUUUAAAAAAACCAUGUAAAAAACUUUUAUCAACUGAAUCUUAUAAAAAAUUACCUAUUUCCAAUUCACAAAAAAUUAGGAUUGAAGAAGAAAGAGAAAAGGCGGUCAAAAGGUAUAGACAACUUAAAGAAGAAAGAUUAAGAAAUGGUGAAAUGAAUCUUGAAGUUUGA